CUUUUCUCCAAUUUCGCCCGUCCACCGCCUUCUGCAGCUCGGUUGUAGCCAAUUGAAUGACUUAAAAGAUUUUCGUUCCCUGGAUCCGUGAGCUCCUCCUCCUCCUCACUCCUCCAUCGCCCCCUCCUUCCCGUCCCCGCUACACGCAUGUCGUCAACCGAGCUUCCUUCCUCCGCCUCUAGCUCGAGAUCCGCAUCUCGCUCUCGACAAUCGAACUCUCAAAUUCAUCAAUCAGCUGCAUCCUACUUCUCCUAUCCCGUCACACAUGUCGUAUCAGGCCUCUACCGUCGUCUGACCGACCCACCGGCCUCGAAGCCCAAGAACAAUAUGAACCGCAAUCAACAUUCGAUGACCUCCCCAAACGGCUCCACCACAUCAUCCCAGGUCUUCACCCCUGUUCGAACCGCAUCACCAUUCCAACCCCCACCGCUCACCCCCCUCACCCUCACCGGCGACCUCUCCAACCUCCAAGAACAGCUCCUAACUCGUGCCCUGGCCGAGGAAAUCCGGCUGCUAGUCCCAGCCCGCCUGCAACUCGUCGACACCUGGCGUCUAGCCUACAGCCUGGACCGGGACGGUGCCUCGCUCGCCACCCUCUAUGAAAACUGUCGAGAAAUGUCUCACCGCAGCCCGCGGGCGGGCUACGUCCUCAUCGUCCGCGAUGCCUCUCCGUCCGGCGCCGUGUUCGGAGCUUAUAUGACCGACCCCCCGCAUCCAGAUUCUCAUUACUACGGUACGGGUGAAUGCUUCCUCUGGCGCGCAAGCGUUCUCGCUCCUCCCACGAACCUGAACCUGAACCUGCCCCGCGACGGGCCCCCAUCGGAGGACAUGCUCGAACUCGCCGGUCUACCACCCCCGCCUAGCGCUGAUACCACACAUGCUGGUCGAUCCACGACUCUGCGGGCGAGAGAUGCUAAGCUGGCUCCUCCGCCCACUAGUGGACUUCCUAGCGGUGCUAGUACUCCUGAGAGAAUCCGGUUUAAGGCCUUCCCUUACAGCGGCGUGAAUGAUUAUAUGAUUUUCUGUGAAACGGGAUUUCUUAGUUUGGGCGGAGGAGAUGGUCAUUAUGGUCUGUGGAUUGACUCGAGUCUUGAAAAAGGUGUAAGUGCCGGGUGCCAGACAUUCGGCAACGAACCCUUGUCAGAUGAAGGCGUCAAGUUCGAUAUCCUUAGUGUCGAAGUAUGGUAUGUUGGUGCCUGAAGGUUGUUGUUUGUUGAGUAUCCUAGGAUGUAAUGCAGGUGGAGAAUCUUGGUAGAUUGUGGUGUGCAUUGCUUAGUACGUCGAUUAGCCGGUCUUUGUCGAGCCGUUUGGACAUAUCUAUCUAUUUAUAAUACCCGUACACGGUGUGGCUGGUCUCAUCGUGUUAUGCACCGCUGUUGAAUCUUACAUAGUUUCCAAAAUGAUAGGAAAGAGAAAAGUUUCUCAUACUUCAUGAACGAUACAUACUUCAUACAUGUAGAGUGGUUGUCGAUCUG